AUUUGCGUGUGCGAGAGAGAGAGAGAGAGAGAGAGAGGAGGGUGCGAAAGACGGAUAGACAGAGAGAGACCGAGUUAGAGCGAGAGCAAGGUGCACACGCUGCUCAGCCUCCUCAUUGCAGCCGCGACAGGCAGCCAGAGAGGAGCUCCAAUCUAACUGGUGGCAACAAUAGACUACUGAAAACACAGCUUGAACGAUCAAUAGACCUUUGCCAGAAACAUUGUGAGAGGGAGAAAGCUGCUCAAGGACCAGGGUGGAGCAGAUAAGGUGAAGAUCUGAGGCAAUUACAGCACCGGCUUCCAAACCUAGAAGACCACUGGGGACUUUGCAGAGCAUCAGAGGGCGCAGGUUAUCCUUCUGUGUGGAGAGACAGGAAGAGCAUAAGCACUGGCACAUAAGUGCCAAUCAGAGGUCUAUUUGUGGAGUUGAUGAUCUCGCCCUAGUGCCCGAGUUGUGAUGUGGGGGUGCACCAUGGCAAUACAAGGCUCAAUAGUGAGCCUUGCUCUACUGUUCUUUGGGAUUCAAGCUGUUCCUAACCCCACCAACAAACUAGUGAGGACCACAAGGGUGAGACGACAAGUUCCAGAAGGUGGGGGUCCCCCUAGUAACCUGACCCAGCCCAUGAUCUUCAAUCAUGUAUACAACAUCAAUGUACCUCUAGAGUCACUCUGUUCAGUGGACCUAGACACAGUACCAGGCCCAGAGAUAAACAAAGGUACAACUGGGAGUGACAAGAUGCCGACGGAGUACACAGAAGAGACAGUAGACUCGGACAGCCAGGUGACCUUCACCCAUCGCAUCAAUAUCCCUAAGCAGGCCUGUGCUUGUCCUGCGGCUGCCACCAUGGAGCAGCUGGCUAACCGCAUAGAGAUGCUGGAGAGGGAGGUGUCCUUGCUUCGAGCACAGUGUAGCUCCAGCUGCUGCGGAGAGAGCUCUGUUAUGGGUCGCUUGGACUUCGUCCCUCAGUGUGGCCAUGGCACCUUCAGCAUGGAGGUUUGUGGGUGUGUUUGUGAAGAAGGGUGGAUUGGCAAGAACUGCUCUGAACCCCGCUGCCCAGAUGACUGCUCCGGCCAGGGCAUUUGCAUCGAAGGCGAGUGUGUAUGCGACCGUAACUUUGGCGGUGAGAACUGCUCAGAGCCUCGAUGUCCAGGUGAUUGCUCUGACAGGGGGUUGUGCAUUGAUGGUGAGUGUGUUUGCGAGGAAGCCUAUGCUGGGGAGGACUGCUCGCAGGGCAGAUGUCUGAACGACUGCUCAGAUCAAGGAACCUGUGUGAACGGAACCUGCCAGUGCAGAUCCGGCUUCCUGGGGGAAGACUGCUCUCUCAUCUUCUGUGCUAAUAACUGCAGCCAGAAAGGGGUGUGUAAGGAUGGUUUCUGUGCCUGUCAAGAGGGAUAUACAGGAGAUGACUGCACUUCAGUAUCACCUCCUAUGAAUCUGCAAGUUCAGGGAGUGUCAGAGAACGCCAUUGAUCUGCAGUGGGAGGGGCCAGUGUUCCUGACAGACUAUCUCAUCACUUACGCCCCUACAACCCCUGGUGGAGUCCAACUAGAGAUCAGAGUCCCAGGAAACGUUACCAACACCACCAUCAAAGGGUUGGAGCCGGGUCUGGAAUACAACAUCAACGUGUACGCAGUGAUCGACAAUAUCAUCAGUGCCCCUAUGAACACCUUAGCCUCCACCUAUCUCUCGAAUCCAGACGGUUUACUCUUCAAAUCCAUCAUGGAGACAUCCGUGGAGGUUCAGUGGCAACCCUUAGACUACUUGUUUGAUGGUUGGGAAAUAAGCUUCAUUCCCAAGGACAAUGAUGGCGGGAUGACAGCACAACUACCCAGUACCAUCACGUCGUUCCACCAAACAGGGCUGAAGCCUGGAGAAGAAUACACUGUCAACCUGGUGGCCUUGAAAGACCAAGGCAGGAGCCUGCCUGUUACUGCAACCGUUAUCACACUAAUCGAUGGCCCAACACAGCUUAUUGUACGAGAUGUCUCAGACACGGUUGCCUUUGUGGAGUGGAGCCCACCCAAGGCUAAAGUGGACCAGAUUAUAUUGCGGUACGGGCUGGUAGGGGUGGACGGACCAAAGACCACCUUUCGCCUGCAGCCCACUCUGAGCCAAUACUCCCUCCAAGUACUGAGGCCUGGAUCCACGUAUGAAGUAUCAGUUUGUGGAGUCCGGAAUGGCACUGAGAGUGGAGCCAUUUCCACAGAGUUCACGACAGAAAUUGAUGCACCAAAGAACCUGAGAGUGCUGUCAAAAACGUCCACUAGCCUGGAGCUGGAAUGGGACAAUAGUGAGGCAGAUGUAGAAGGCUACAGUGUGGUCUACAGCACUCUGGCUGGCGAUCAGUAUGACAAAGUCAUUGUCCCGCGCAACGAUGGCACCACCACCAAAACUACUCUCAAUGAUUUACUGCCUGGCACUGAGUAUGGCAUAGGAAUUUCAGCUGUUGUAGGUGCCAACCAAAGCACCCCAGCAACGAUGAAUGCCAGAACGGGUCUGGAUGUCCCCUUGGAUUUGACUGUCACAGCCUCCACUGACAACACCAUCACGCUGUUGUGGGGUACAGUGCAGGGGCCUAUUGACCACUAUAGGGUGACCUACACAUCCUCCACUGGAGUCACAACAGAGCUUACGGUGCCCAAGGACGUCACCACCACCACACUGACAGGUCUAGAGCCGGGCACAGAGUACACCAUUACAGUUGCAGCACAGAGAGGCAGGCAGCAGAGCACUGCAGCCACUAUUGAUGCCUUCACAGGGUUCCGCCCUAUCACGCAGCUCUUCUUCUCUGAAGUCACAUCUGAUUCAUUGACUGUGGCGUGGAGUGCACCGGCACCGCCUGCUGACGCAUUCAUCUUGAACUACAGUGCUCAGGACUCGAAUGAUGAUUCUGAAAUUGCUCUAGAUGGGUCCAAAACCAGAAUCACCCUCACUGGUCUCCUGCCCUCCAGGCGGUACACUGUUACCUUGGUUACCAUGCACGGCAAUGUGACCUCAAAGCCAGUAAUAGGCUCAGUCACAACAGGAAUGGAUCCUCCCAGAGACAUGACUGUGCUGUACGUCACUGAGGAAUCUGUAACCAUAUCAUGGAUUCAGCCACUCGCACCCUUUGAUUACUACAAAAUGUCUUACCAAUCACCAAAAGGUAGGAUGGACAAUGUGGUGAUUGACAAUGAUGUCACCAACUACACCCUAACCAGCCUCCAUCCAGCAACAGAGUACGAAAUCAAGCUGAACGCAGUGAGAGGAAGCCAAGAGAGCAAGGUCAUCACCACUACUGUCUUCACAGCUAUGGACAUGCCUAUGGAGCUCACCGCAUUGAAUGUCACACCUCAGGGGGCUCUGCUACGUUGGAACCCCCCUGUUUCCAGUGUUGAUAACUACGUGCUCACCGUCACCCGUAACCAAGUUACUGCAGACACCUUCUUAGUGGAGGGUAGCAAGCAGGAGUACCAGCUGAGUCAGCUUAUUCCCAGCACCACCUACUCAGUGGCCCUUUAUGCUACCAAAGGUCCUCUCACCAGUGGCACUGUCAUCGCCAACUUUGUCACACCCAUGGAUGCGCCCCAGAACUUGACAGCUAGUGAGAUUAACCAUCGAAGUGCCCUCAUAUCCUGGCAACCACCCAUCGCGGACAUCGAUAACUACAUGCUGACUUACAAAGCAGCAGACGGCAGUCGAAAGGAGCUGAUCUUAGAUGCCGAAGACACAUGGAUCCGUCUCGAGGGGCUGGCGGAGACCACCGAAUACACUGUGAGGCUGCAAGCCGCCAGAGGAUUAGAGACCAGCGCCAUUGUUUCUACUUCUUUCACAACAGGAAACCGAUUGUUUCCCACGCCUCAGAACUGUGCGCAACACCUCUUGAAUGGAGAGUCCCUAAGUGGAAUCUACACCAUCUACAUCAACAGAGACCUCAGCCAAGGUGUGCAGGUUUACUGCGACAUGACCACCGACGGAGGCGGCUGGAUAGUGUUUCAGCGACGUCAGAACGGUUUGACUGAUUUCUCCAGGAAGUGGAGUGACUACAAGAUCGGCUUUGGCAACCUGGAGGAUGAAUUCUGGCUCGGGUUGGACAACAUUCAGAAGAUUGCAGCUCAAGGUCGUUACGAGCUCCGCAUUGACAUGAAAGAUGGCCAGGAGUCCGUAUAUGCCAACUAUGACAGGUUUUCCAUUGGAGAUUCCAAGAGCCUCUACAAACUGAGGAUAGGAGAGUAUAAUGGCACUGCAGGUGACUCUCUGAGCUACCACCAGAGCAGACCUUUCUCUACCAAGGACAAGGACAAUGACAUCGCUGUCACCAACUGUGCAAUGUCCUACAAGGGGGCCUGGUGGUACAAAAACUGUCAUCGGGCCAACCUUAACGGAAAAUAUGGAGAGUCCAGACAUAGUCAGGGUAUAAACUGGUAUCACUGGAAAGGCCAUGAGUUUUCCAUCCCUUUUGUGGAGAUGAAGAUGAGACCUUUCAACUACCGCAGCAUCAGUGGCAAGCGGAGGAGGUCCACCCAUUAAUCCACCGUCCUACUAGCUGUUUCUAUUUUAAAACGGGGCAACGAGGACACAAGGAGCGAUGUAACUUAUUUAAAUCUUUGAAUGACAAAAUCCCUUUGACGAAUGUCUGUUGUAAAUUGUAAACUUUGAGGUUCGGUGACUUUCUUAUGUGUAAUGCUAUUCGUUCAGUUCUGGGAGAAUGAAGACUAGGUAAUGUCUGGUAUUGUUCAGCACGUUUACAGUGUGAGGCCUGCAGAAAGAACCUCAUUAUUAAGUGAAGAAAAGAGAUAAUUUCUCCCUUUGAGAUAAAAGAUUUUAGAAGAAAAAUGAAUGCCCAUAAAAAUGAGAUGCUUCUAUUUUUAUAAAUGAUGAGAAAUACCUUUAAAAAGUAACUGAAUGAUCUUCAUGUUCAUGCGACCAAUUACAGUGUUAGAUUUUGCAUUUACUCCACCCUGAAGCCAACACUAUUUCUUUUAUUAUUUUUUUGUAAUUUCAUCUCAUAUUUAAACUUACAUUAACUGUUGAAGCAUUGCAGGGGAUGAAGUUCUUACACUGUUGCAAAUACAGGGUUUUCUGAAAAGACAAAAACACAAAAUGCUAUUAUCAUUGAAACCUCAGAAACCAAAGAAUUUUUCAGUAUCUGAGGUCAAAUCAAUGGAAGCUUGUUUCUGCCACUGAUUACAAAAAUUAAAAAGGUAAUUGCGACUUUUUAUCUCACAAUUCUGACUUUUUUCUAAGAAUUGUGUGAUAUAAACUCGCAAUUGCGAGAUGUAAAAUCAUAAUUGCAUGAUAUAAAGUCGCAAUUGUGACUUAUAAACUGAAUUGCGAGUUAUAAAGUCAGAAUUGCGAGUUAUAGUCAGAAUUGCGAGAUAUAAAGUCGCAAAUGCGAAUUAUAGUCAGAAUUUCAAGAUAUAGUUGCAAUUGUGAGUUAUAAAGUCAGAAUUGCAAGAUAUAGUCACAUUUGCGAGUUAUAAAGUCAGAAUUGUGAGAUAUAAAGUCACAAUUGCAAAUUGUAGUCAGAAUUUCAAGAUAUAGUUGCAAUUGCAAGUUAAAUUCAGAAUUGCGAGUUAUAAAGUCAGAAUUUCAAGAUGUAAUCGCAAUUGUGUGUUAUAAAGUCAGAAUUGCGAGUUAUAAAGUCGCAAUUGCGAAUUAAAGUCAGAAUUUCAAGAUAUAGUCACAAUUGUGAGUUAUAAAGUCAGAAUUGUGAGAUAUAAAGUCGCAAUUGUGAGUUACAAUCAGAAUUGCGAGAUAAAAAGUUGUAAUUGUGAGUUAUAAAGUCAGAAUUUCAAGAUAUAGUCGCAAUUGUGAGUUAUAAAGUCAGAAUUGUGAGUUAUAAAAUCAGAAUUGCGAGUUAUAAAGUCGCAAUUGCGAAUUAAAGUCAGAAUUGCGAGAUAAAAAGUUGUAAUUGUGAGUUAUAAAGUCAGAAUUGUGAGAUAUAAAGUCACAAUUGCAAAUUGUAGUCAGAAUUUCAAGAUAUAGUUGCAAUUGCAAGUUAAAUUCAGAAUUGCGAGUUAUAAAGUCAGAAUUUCAAGAUGUAAUCGCAAUUGUGUGUUAUAAAGUCAGAAUUGCGAGUUAUAAAGUCGCAAUUGCGAAUUAAAGUCAGAAUUUCAAGAUAUAGUCACAAUUGUGAGUUAUAAAGUCAGAAUUGUGAGAUAUAAAGUCGCAAUUGUGAGUUACAAUCAGAAUUGCGAGAUAAAAAGUUGUAAUUGUGAGUUAUAAAGUCAGAAUUUCAAGAUAUAGUCGCAAUUGUGAGUUAUAAAGUCAGAAUUGUGAGUUAUAAAAUCAGAAUUGCGAGUUAUAAAGUCGCAAUUGCGAAUUAAAGUCAGAAUUGCGAGAUAAAAAGUUGUAAUUGUGAGUUAUAAAGUCAGAAUUGUGAGAUAUAAAGUCGCAAUUGCGAGUUAAAGUCAGAAUUGCGAGAUAAAAAGUCACAAUUGUGAGUUAUAAAAUCAGAAUUGCGAGUUAUAAAGUCGCAAUUGCGAAUUAAAGUCAGAAUUUCAAGAUAUAGUCGCAAUUGCAAGUUAAAGUCAGAAUUGCGAGUUAUAAAGUCAGAAUUUCAUGAUAUAAUUGCAAUUGUGAGUUAUAAAGUCAGAAUUGUGAGAUAUAAAGUCGCAAUUGCAAGAAAAAAGUCAGAAUUGUGAGAUAAAAAGUCGCAAUUAUCUUUUAAAUUGUUUUAUUCCAUGGCAGAAACAAGCUUCCAUACAAAUCAGACUAAACUGAAACAAAAAAAAGGAAUUACUGCAAAUGCUUUUCAAUCAAAUAAUUUCUCCCAUAUUUUAUUUUAAUUGUAUUUUAUUUUAAAUUGUACGAUUUUGUGCAAGGCUGAUUAAUAGUAAUAAUAUGACCAUCCCACAUCAGAGUUUUAUUUAGGUCAGUCUAAAAGAACAUAUAAGCUGGCCUGAGAGCACUGAUAUGUACAUAUGAAGAACUCAUAUGGAGAAAUUUUACAUAGCUCUGUCUCACACUCCAUGCUUUAGAGUGUUUCAAAUGUUUUUGUUCCUGUAGACUUAGAAUAAUUGUGUCCAUCUGUGUCUUGAUAAAUCGUCUAGGUUAAUAGCAAUUCGUAGUUGAGUGCAGGAAAAUUGCAGUCUGUGUUUGCCACUGCAGUACUACAUGCAGAGUGAAGACCGUCUGAAGGGUUCUUUUCAUACAUGUUUCUAUUCCUUUCAUACAGAGUCAUUCUAAAAUGCAGUUGGGCAGACACCUGCUGACAAGCAGUCAGGCUUGAGCUUUCAAGACUUGGCGUGUAGGUCAUAAAAGCAAUGCAACUCCUAGCGCAACUUAGAACAUAGUCUUUCUACUUUAACUUUUUGUACCUGACAAAACUAUAUGAUUUCAUUCUGUAGUUUAACAUGUCCUCAAUGUAUUUUGUACAGUGAUUGAAAGGUUUGUGAAGGAGUACAACCAUGAGAUAUUUUUUCUAAACCUUUCCUCAUGCGCUGUAACACUUACCUCAUGCUGCAAAUGAUAUUUCUUUUUCUAGUAGCACAUCUCUCUUUCAUUUCUGAACUAGAGGGUUUUUUGUCUAAUUAGUUCAAUGAAGUUGUAAUAUAUUGUUUUCUAUGUAUUCUUUUUUUUUAAAUAUUGAAACAACAGUAGCAUAAUACAGAUAAUGCUAAAAUUUCAUUAAAACGUUUAAAGAGUUACAUUGGGCAAAACCAAAAGAGAAUUUUGAAGAAUCUUUUUGGGUGUCAAUAACGUCAAAUGUUAUUGUAACCACAGAAAAUACUACAGUAAGUGGUCCCAAACACCAAAAUCUUUGAAAAGUCUUUACAUUUAUUUUUAAGUCAGAUUUAAAAUUCCAGUUCUUCUGCUUCAGUAUAUCUGCAUGCUCUGCCCAUUUGUGUAAGGCCAUAGAUAAAUAUUCUCCAGUUCUCCAGCGUUCUGCUUCUCUAACAACACCUGUUUCCCAUAGUCACAAAUCUCCUAAUGAGCCUCUUCUGAGAGACAACACUAUGAUGUUUUCAAAGAGUAUCUACCCUUUUCCUUUGCGUCUAUUUUUUUCUUUACUUUUUGAAGGAUAACAUUAGAGAGUGUAGCAACAGCUGGGAUGGGAACUAGAAACCAAGUAAAUUCUUAAUCAGCUCAAGCUAAUUGCAUUUAACACUGAAAAUGACUUACAUUUUGCAUGCACCAGAAGGCAUCAUUUUCACUGUUCUGUGGAGAACAUGGGUGGAAAUAUGUGUGCCUUCUUGUGUUUUCUAACUCUUUUCUUAAGCAAACUAAUUGUUUGUAAGUUCACAGGAAGCAGCCCUUCUAGUUAUUAAUGAUAAGAGGAACAGAGACUUCAGUUUGCGUAAAAAUGAUUGAGACCACUUCUCAAAAGAGAGAGAGAGAGAGAGAGACGGGCAGAUUUUCCUUCAUUAUUCAUUGACUCAGCAUAUGGUGGAGACACUUGAAGUCCCCUCCAUUCUGACAUGCCUCCUAUCCACCAAACCACUUAUGGCUCAAGAUUCACCAUAGAAACUCAUGUUACACAUAACACUUGGAACUCUAACUCUGUGUUAUAUAGGCAACUAGGUCAUUUUUACCACUCUCAUGUACAUUUAUUUAAUUUUGAACAUGAUAGGAUAUUGUAAAAAUGCCCUACAUUUUGUACCUAAGUGAAAAUGUGUUUAGCAUGAACACUAAUGAAGCAGGUAAUGUGUGGUCUCUGAGACAUUUCUCCCUAACUUGCUAACCACAUUGUCAGAUAACCUCGGAUAUUAUUGUAACAGAUCGGAUUAGCUCUAGUUGAACUUAAAAUGUGCUGUAUAGUUCCUUUUUUAAUACAUUUUCUACACAUUAAUAAAAUAUUUAAAAUACAAAA